AUGUCUAUUAACAUUUCCACCAAACUUCCACUGCGGAGUGUUUCCUCCAGGACGAUCGCACGAUCCUGCCGAUCUACUCAGUGCUCACAAAAAAGACACUUUUUGUUCAAGUCGUUCUGGAGUAGAUCGUCCAGUUCGGCUGAGCACGCUGAUUGGACCCGCGAUACGCAUGGCCCGACCCGGCCAACUAAAGCCGAAGAGAAAGCACAUCAAGAGCAGGAAUUGAGGCAGAGAAAAGAGCAGGAAUCUUUGGUGCACGAUGAAUCGAAUGUCGGUCAAUUGGACGGGAACCCCGCAAAACACGUUGCCGUGAACAUUGAUGGGGAACCCAAAAUCUUCGACACGUGCAGGGAUCCGCACAGCAAGCAGAAGCUCUUUCAAACCUCGGACGUCCCGGAAGAUCUAGAGGGAAGCUGCAAGUCUGUCGUUGAUGAAAAGAAGGGGCUUUCAAUCGAACUGAAAUGGAAGAAUGACGUCAAAGGUUAUGGGCCAGAACAUCGCACUAGGCACUCGAUAGACUGGCUACGAAGAGCACUGAACACUGAAGUCGAGCUUAGAGGCGGCAUAAAAUAUGACGACCGAGUGUUCUGGGAUAAAGAGAAGAUCACGAAGAACAACAAAUGGGUCGACUACAACGAGUACAUGAACAGCGACGAGACCCUUUUCGAAGCCCUAACACACCUCAACCAGUAUGGUCUGCUCUUUCUGCGCAACGUCCCAGACUCUGAAACUUCGGUCGUAGACCUUGCGUCUCGAAUCGGAACACUGAAGGACACAUUCUACGGCCGGACAUGGGACGUUCGCUCCAAAGCCAAAGCCGAAAACAUCGCCUACACACCGCAAUUUCUCGGUCUGCACAUGGACCUGCUAUACACGUCUAACCCACCACAUCUCCAGUUCCUGCACUCGCUACGCGCCCGCUGUCCCGGCGGCGAAUCGUUUUUCAGCGACUCUUUUCACGCCGCACACCAACUGCAACGGCGCUCCGCAUUCCAUUUCCGAACGCUGUCGCGCAUUGGCUCCAACAAUGCAAAUUCACUGCGCUCGUUCGUCGCGGCGUCGCAUGCGUAUGAGAAGUUGAUCAGCAGCGAGGAAAAUUUGUAUGAGUACCGAUUGAACGAGGGCGAAUGUGUGAUAUUCGACAAUAGACGGGUUUUGCAUGCGAGGAAAGCAUUCGACGCGUCAAAAGGGGAGCGAUGGCUCAAAGGCGCAUAUGUCGAUGACGACGUAUUCUUCAGCAAGUUGAGAGUGCUGCAGGAGAGAGUAGAAGGCAAAUGGGUCUACGAGGGCGUCAUCAGAGAAGCAGUGAAAUAG